AUGGAGGCUCGGGCCCAGAAGUCCAGGCAGGGAGGCAUCCCCAAGGCAGAUCUCCAGGGAGCCGACAGGGGCCAGGAGGAGAGGCCCAAGAUGGAGCUGAGGCCCCUGGCAGAGGACCCAGCUAAGAGACACCCCUCUCAGGAGGGAGACCUACAUGGAGGGACAGCAGGCGGCAAGAUGGCUCCCCAAGGCAGGGGCUCCUGGAGCUGGGGCCUUGGUGUGAGCCCCAGUCCAGGGACCCGCCAGAGCGCAGGAGCAGGACCCCUGCUACAAGAGCCAUGUGGCCCCACCUCCUCUCAGGACCCUGACCUAGUCACUCCCCAGGGGCCACAUGCUGGGGAGGGCCCCUACUGGUGCCCAGUCGGUACCAGGGCCUCCAGCCCUAACUGCUGCCUGAUGCAGCAUCUCAGAACACCCCCUGAGGAAAAGUCCCUGGUGUGUGAUCACUGUGGAGGCCAGGGGUUGUGCUGGUGCUGCCCCGGGACCCAGCUGUCCGCGAUCCACACAGAGGAUGGGUCACAUGAACAGCGCACAGGCACCCAGACCUUCCCAAAGACCCUGCCAGUGACCCUCCUUCAGCAGAAGCCCUUGGAGGACUGCAGUUGCAUCGAGGACUUUACCCGGAGGGCCCGGCUGGCCCCGCAGGAAAUGAUGCAGAUGGCAAAGGAGCCCCUCCUAUGUGCGCGAUGUGGAAAGCGCUUUGGCUCCAACAAGCAGCAGCAGAUGGCUGAGGGCCCCUUAAUGUGUCUUCAGUGUGGUCAGGCCUCAGGUCCUGGCUGCAGUGCCCCUGACCCCCCGGCCCAGCGGCUCUACGUCUGUGACCAGUGCGGCAAGGCCUUCACGCGCACCUCGAGCCUGCUGCAGCACGAGCGCAUCCACACCGGUGAGCGACCCUAUGAGUGCGCUGAGUGUGGCAAGGCCUUUGUGCGCUGCUCAGGCCUCUACCGCCACCAGAAGACACACUCGGCCGAGCGCCACCGCCGCAGCCUGGCCCUGGCCCGGAGGUCCUUCCUCUUGGGGUGCCCGCCCUGUGGGGACUGUGGCGAGGGGACCCAGGGGCCUCCACGGGUGCCCGUUGCCGGGGAGAAGCCAUACGAGUGCGCCGAGUGCACCAAGGCCUUUGCCCUGCUCUCGCACCUCGUGGAGCACCGGCGCGUGCACACGGGCGAGAAGCCCUACGCGUGCCCGGAGUGUGGCAAGGCCUUCAACCAGCGCUCGAACCUGAGUCGGCAUCAGCGCACGCACAGCAGCGCCAAGCCCUACGCCUGCCCGCUGUGCGAGAAAGCCUUCAAGGGCCGCUCGGGCCUGGUGCAGCACCAGCGCGCGCACACCGGCGAACGGCCCUACGGCUGCCCCGAGUGCGGCAAGACCUUUCGGGGGUGCUCCGAGCUGCGCCAGCACGAGCGCCUGCACUCGGGCGAGAAGCCCUACCUCUGCCGAGACUGCGGCAAGGCCUUCGUGCGCAACUGCAGUCUGGUCCGCCACCGGCGCACGCACACGGGCGAGCGGCCCUACGCGUGCGCCGAGUGCGGCCGCGCCUUCAGCCAGCGCUCCAACCUCAACGAGCAUCGAAAGCGGCACGCGGGCCGCGCGGCCUCGUGA